AUGGCUGGGAGGGAGAAAUCCGCUCCGUCCAUACACGAACACAUGGCUAUUGACGUGAACCCGGGACCCAUCCGGCCCAUUCCUCACAUCUCGCACCGCUUCCCGCGACCGCUGGCCGUACGCGGACCCGGAGCCGGAAGCGGCAGAACCCGUAGCGGGACCUGGAAUGGAUCAGCCGAAGGGCCCAGACCCGGAUUGGCGGCGGGUGCCGAGGCCGAAGCUGGAGCCGGACCACAGCCGCACCCGGAGUCUCCGGAACUCGAUGCCAAUGACUCGGAUGAUUCAAUGAGCCUGGGCACUCUGGAAUUUGACCUGUUGUACCGGUCGGAGGAGCAGGUUCUGCAGUGUUCAAUUCACAGAGCAAAGGGUCUGAAGCCAAUGGAUUUGAACGGUCUUUCGGAUCCUUACGUGAAGCUCCACCUUCUGCCAGGACCCUGCAAGGGAAACAAGCUGAGGACAAAGACGGUGCGUAACACCCUGAACCCUUGCUGGAACGAGACGCUGGUCUAUUACGGAGUGAUGGACGAGGAUCUCCUUCGGAAAACUCUCAGGGUUUCUGUUUGCGAUGCCGACCUGCUGGGUCACAACGACUUCAUUGGGGAAACGCGGGUCCCACUUCGGAAGUUGACAGCCGACCAGCGACGGCGCUUUAAUAUCGUUCUAGAGAGACCGCCGCCCCAGUCUCCUAUGUCACCACCACUCAGAGGAAUCGCUUUCUACAUGCAGGAGCCGGAUGGGCCCCAGGAAGGGGAGCUUGGUCGGAUCCUGUUGGGCCUCUGGUUCUGCUCCUCCAGCCACCAGCUAACCCUGUCUAUCGUCCGCUGUGCCCACCUUGCUGCCAUGGACCCCCAUGGGCUCUCUGACCCCUAUGUCAAGGCGUACCUGAGGCCUGAUGGAGGGAAGUCGUCUAAACACAAAACAGGUGUGAGGAAACGGACCCUCAAUCCCGAGUUUAAUGAGGAUUUCCUCUUCACCCUCGACCCUACCACCCUCCAUUCCUGCUUCCUGCAGGUCACCGUCUGGGAACACCACCUCGGCAGGCCCAACCAUCUCAUCGGAGGAGUGACACUGGGGACGGAAUCCCGCGGACAGCCCGGUCGCCAUUGGCAGGAGUGUUUGCAGAAGGCGGGCCAGAGGAUAGAGCGCUGGCAUAAGCUGACCAAUCACUUCAGCAACUGACCUGGGGAAGCCACACCCCUCACUGGCACCGCCCUCCAUCUUCUUCACCUUCUCUCUACCACUCCACGUCGUCUCACACCUCUCCACCCUAUCUACAACAUCUGCCUCCUCUCCACACCCUCACCGUCACCUCCCUCCUUCCCUUAUCCCCGAUCUUUCCGCUAAACCCUGCUCUCCCAC